AUAAAUUUAGCCAUUCGCUUGUGUGUUCUUUGACACACCAGUGCCUUUUCGGGGAUUGUGUGUGUUGUUGAAUGGCAAAAUUUGAUUUUUGAAAUAGCAUCACCCGAAGCAGAAUGGGAAACCUUUGCUUAAACAUUCAAAGGAAAACAAAUCGACGGCUUACGACAAGAGCUGAUAAAUGACAGCAGACUAAGAAGAAACGCCACGCGUCUGUCGAAGGCGUGGUGCGCGGAACACACAUUUGAAAGGUUACAUCAUAUCAGCUGGAGAGCGUACAUGUACGGGGAGCCGAGUUAGACGCCAGCUGAACAGCGACGGACCACCGAAGCUCUCCAGACGGAGAGCCCUGGGAUUCUCCUCAAUGGCCCACGUUCGCUAUCCGGAGGAAAGGCCUGUAGAUGUGGCCACCAAUCUGUCCUCGGUGCUUGGACAGCCUUUAUGUGUCAACGGGACCCCGUGGAUUUUGUAUCUGUUUGAGGAAUGCGUUGAAAAUGUUUGGGAAUACUCGAGCGUCGUCAUUGGUCUCAUCUCAAUGUUUUGUUUCUUGUUAUCGACUCUGCCUCAGGUCUGUGAGGCCUAUAGGAAUGGGAAGGUAGAGGAGGCCGUGUCUAUGGGUUUCUUGCUGUUUCUGAUAUGUGGGGAUCUCAGCAACUUCACUGGGUGUUACCUGACCAACCAGCUUCCCAUUCAGAUUGUGACAGCUGUGUUCUACAUCUUCACUGAUGUCAUUCUUAUCUCCCAGUUCCUAUACUACAAGAUCAAAAACAGACGUGCUCGAAAAAACCCCUUCCUGAAGUGGAUCUGUUUCUUGUGGUGCGGGGCUGCCACCGUGGGCUGCAUGGUGCUCCCUAAACUGAUCGAAGACAAAAAAGUCAACACUGUUGAACAGAAUCACUUGAACAAUGUUGCAAUCUCUGGCUAUGUCUGCGGAUACCUGGCCUCCAUCUUUUACCUGGCCUCACGUUUUCCCCAGCUCUACAAAAACUUCAAGAGGCAGUCGACGGAGGGCACGUCCUAUUGGCUGUUUGCUCUGGCCAUGCUGGGGAAUGGAACCUAUGGUCUGAGCAUCAUUGUGGUCUUACCUGCGCUGAAAGGUUCCAAAAGCCUCUUCAUCCUGAACCACCUGGCCUGGCUAAUUGGAAGCCUGGGGGUUCUCUUACUGGAUUUCUUCAUCUCUGCCCAGUUUAUCAUGUACAGGAAGCGGACUCCUUCUUUGCCUAAUCACUUUUCCAUGAAGAAGGUUCCAGAAGUAGAGCCUCUGCUUUGUGAGGAAGAAGAGGCAUGAAACCUGCAGCCAUGUGAAAGUUCCAGAACGGUUCCUCAGUAUUCACUGUGGAGUCUGACUCCACAGAACUCUAGAAUAGAGCCCUCCACAUUGAAAUGGGUCAUGAAAGGUUCUACAUUAGAUAUGUACAAGUACAAUGCAGCUGUAGUAUACAUUCAAUUUAUAGAUCCUUAAACUUGUUUAUUUAUUUUCUUAAUCUAUAAAAUAAUGUUACUUGAAAUUGCUACAUUUAUUGUUUUUUGAAAUUCCAGAUAUAUUUAAAAUUUGUACUUCGUUGACACUCUGUGCCAUUUUAUGGUUGCAUCAAACGUGCAUGCUUUAGAGAGGAGUUCUGUUUGUUCCACACUGAACCUGCUAUUCCACUCCAAUUCAGACACAGUGACGCCUCUCAUCAGUGUAGUCUUCCUGUUAGUGUGUGAUAUAAUAAUCAAGUGUCAUCUGUAAUUGGAGAAAUGGCUGCAAAAUAUCCCUGGUGUUUAAGAUUAUUCACGAUUUUACUGAUAACUGUGUAGACCUACAUUUUGGUACAAUAUCAUUUUUUAUGAGAGUGGGAUACCAUGUCAUGUUAGUGUUGGAAGUGCCUUUGCACUUGGAACACUUAAGUGGACAGAAUGUCCAUGCACAAAGUGCAUGUGGAUUGAGAUGCAAUAGGAAUGGAGUGUUUUCAUGGUUCUGUUGACAAAGAACAUGAAUCUACUCGCGUAGGAUUGUUUCUGUAUGUAGAUUUAGGGUGCUAUUUGUGUGAUUUGUUCCUUUAAUGCAGGCUUAUACCUCUAUAGCCAAGUACACUGUGCCUUGUGUUGGUCUGUAUGUCAAUUUUCAGUUUUGUAAUUGUGCAUUAGUAGCUUGGCAUAAGUGUGGCCCUGGUCAUGGUUCAUAGAGGGGUAAAUCAAAUGACCGUAAUAAUAAGAUUGUAGUAUUGGAUUAGAGGCAUUGGUCAAAUUCAAAUGUGAUGCUUUACCCAGCUGCAGUGAAACCAGAUGUAAUUGAGCAUAGGUCGGCUCUGCGAUUGAUGGUACCUCAAUUCAGGGCACCAUCUUGGAUAAGCCAGUUUUAAGAAAAAUUUAACCGUCUUCUUAACAUGGUGCUUAUUCCUAAAUCAUUGUAAUAGCUAAUUGUAAUGGGCUUAGCACAACCACAAUAGGGUGGGCCCUCUUGGCAAACUUGCACAGAUUUUGCUACCUCAUUCUUGGUGUCAAAAGCACGUGCCAUUUAAGGGGCCAAUUAUUAGUGGGACUUUUGGGCGGCUCUGUCUGGUGCUUGGAGUGGCCUUAGGCAGUAGGUGUGAGGCAGUAGCAUGUUUUUUUUUUUGCUCUCUUUCAACUCUGACUGACCCAGAAAGACACUUUUGAGCUUAUCCAACUCCAUUUAGCGUAGCCAUGGUGCAGCGAAAAUGUCAAGUGAAGUUUGCUACCCUUAAAUAGUUGUGGUAUUCUGGCAGAGUUAGUGUAAGCAGUUUCCAUUCUGUAAUAGUUAUUGUGUACUGUACUUCCUGCCUGCAGAAUUCGUACUGCGUUAGUGAACAAAAAAUACACUGAUAAACUCCACCCUAUAUUAUAAAUGUGCAUUUAAAAUAACCAGAUUAAAUUAUAUUUAUACUUCAGGUUAAAUGUACAGGAUUAAGUAAUUGUAUUGUAUAUUUUUUUAUCUAUGGGAAGAAUUCCAUUUGGUUUAUAAACAUUUUUUUAAAUGAAAGUUGUUUGUAAAAGUUUUGUUUGGCUUUCAAUGCUCAGAUCUGCCAUUCUAAUAACAUGUUGAUAACUGCGAACAAAUAAAAGUGCAAUAUACUCAUAACAGCUACUUUACCUCCAA